AUGAAGCUACCACUAAUCUACCUAAUUUAUCUGGUACACCUCAAGGUACUAGUGGUACAAUCAAUAUGCUCGUUUCGACAUUACGAAUUAACAUGUGAUCUGGCUGAUCUUCAGUCUAUCAAUAGGACAUUCGACCUGAAUUUGGUCGAUUAUCAACGAUUGUCAUCAAUCAUAUUGAUAUGUCCUAAUAAGGGUUCUGGAGCGAAAUUGAUAGAAGGAAGUGGAGAGAAAGAUAAGGAUGAUGAAAGAACAACAAGUGAUAGUAAGAAAGGGAAGAGAUUUAGACGAUCAAUUGAUGUAGGUAUAGGCAAAGCGACCGAUUCAGAAAAACAAGGUAAAGAUGGACAAAAAUUGAUCACAAAUCCAACAAAACUGAUCAAUACAGACACUAAAUCAACCGAUCAAACUGAAAAACCAAUUAUCCUACCUUCAACAUCAACAGAUCGAUCAGAAACAUCAACAACAACCCAAAAAUCAACUGAACUUUCACUAGAAAAAGCCCUUUUAACCUACUACAACAAGCUCAAUACGACAAAUUUAGAACGAUUGAGUGUUGUCAAUUGUAAUGUAGACAUAAUCGCUCAAUUACCAAAGAUUUUGGGCUAUCACGGACUACAAUUUUUGAAUUUGAGCAAUAAUAACAUCAAUGAAUUCAGUUGGCAACAAGGACGACAGCUGGCUGCUGGGGCUAGAUUGGAGUUGAGGUGGGUGAAGGUUUGUGAAAGUUGAAUUAUUGAGAAGUAAUAUUGAUACCACAGCCUAAAAACACUGUAAAACGCAAAAUAAGACUUACUUUUAAGGGUUUCCGACCUUGUUUUACGACUAUUCAGGCUAUAAGGAUGUAAAACAAUGUGUUACCUAAAAUAUAUUAACAAAAAACGCAAAAAGACACGUACCUUUGAAGUUGCAGACCUUAGUUUAGGCUUAUUCAAGUCCUAAGAUGUAGAAGGAUGUGUUACCUAAACUAUAUUCACGAAAAACAAGAAGAGCCGCUUACUUUUGAGGUUAAAAACCUUAUUUUAGGCUUAUUUCGGCAAUAAUUAUGUAGAAAUGAUUGUUCCCUAAAAAAAUUUCGUACAAAAACAAAGUGUAAACAUUAAUAUAUCUUACUUUAAUAAUUUUGGCCAAAUGGCCAAAAAUCUUGAGCAUCGGAGAUUCAGAAAUCCAGAUUCUUCUUUUCGAUCCUCAACGAAACACUUGGCUCAUUUUUUGAGUAUAAUAAUAAAAAUUUGCGUUGUUUUUAGCACCAACUGAGAUAUUAUAACACUAGUUUUCUUUCAGAAACAAUCCCUUGAACUGUUCCUGCAAAAACUCAUGGCUCUUACAUCUCCAACAUCAACAUACCGAAACCUAUUGGUCGGAAGCUCAGAUCCUCCAAUUGCCAUUGAAAAUCACUGUUGAUUCAAAUGUAAAAACAUGUCUGGAUCAAUUGAAAUGCGAGGAAGAACAAACAAUCGUUCGGCCGGCGUUGAUCGAGACAAAAACUGGAGCUGAAGCUAACAUCAACUGCCAAUUCUCAACAGAAAUCCCGAAUUAUGACAACUUGACGGAUUCGGACUAUGAUAAAUAUGUAGCCAAGUCUUUUUUCUGGCUGUUCGAUCGAGAAAAGAGCGAGAUUGACAACAGAGAAGGGAGGAUUGAGAUCUAUAGCAACAAUAGCACUAGUGUCAGUUUGAGGGCGUCUAAUUUGACUUCAGAAGAGCUGGGAAUGAUUGUAUGUCAAUGUAAUCAUUGUCAAGGACCUAGUUAUGGCACUGCUGAAGUAUGUUUUCAAUAUUUGUGUUUGGUUUUUAGGUUUCUAUUAAAAGCGGAUAUUGAGGAUGGUUAAAAAUCGAUGUUAAGUCUUUUUCUGAUUGUAAAUUAAAACGUUUUGUAUUUCAAAAGUCAGUAAUAUUAUUUUUCUCCAAAAUAAGCCUAAACUCACAGAAUCAAGCCCUUAAAACUACUGAGAAACAAUAAUUUUAUAAUAAAUGGAUAAUAUCAGGAAAGAAGGAUAAUAUUGGCGCACGGAUAACUGGGCCGAUCGGACAACUGGGCCGGUUCCAACUGGGCCGAUUCCAACUGGGCCGAUUUGCCUUAUAGUAUGUCCGGGCUAUAUAUUCCUAAUAAUAUCGUAGUAAACUGCAAUGUUAAGUGUUAAAUACCACAGUAAAGUCGUAUUUACCUCAACAUAUUUAUACAUACCAUAGUAAAUGAUGGUAUAUUUGCAAGAAAAUAUUAAAUACUUGUAAUAUAUAAUAGUUCUACAUAAUUUUGGUAACAUAUUACUAUGUAAGUGACUUUUAAAGUAAAGCCAUGAUUUUACUACAUAUAUAUACCAUGGUAAGUCAUGGUAUCUUGGCAAAAGUUGACUAUAUUAAAUGUGGCGGAGGCUUUAGGGGAUUCGGCGGAGACUUUAGGGUAUUCGGCGGAGAGUCGGCGGAGGCUUUAUGGAAUACGGCGGAGGUUUUUUGGGAUUCGGCGGAGGAUCGGCGGAGGCUUUAGGGUAUUCGGCGGAUAAGGUAAGGUAUGGUACAGUUUUGUAUGGCAUUGUAAGGUAUGGUAUGGUAGAUAGUAUAGAGCUUGCAUAGUAUGUUAUGGUAUGAUAAGAUAUGGUAUUGUAUGGUAUGGUAUAAAAUGAUAUGGAAGAUAUGGCGUGGUAUUGUAUGGUAGAGUAUGGCAUUUUAUAAUAUGUUAGGGUAUUGUAGGGUUAGGUAUGGUAGAUAGGAUAGGAUAUUGCACAGGACUUUGUAUGGUAUAUUAUGUAAGAUGGGUAUGAUAUAGCUGGGUAGGAUAAAAGGGGCAAGGGUGAAGUUGGGUACUGCUAAAAAGUUUAGAGGUAAGGUCGGGUAGAGACCCUAAAGCCUUCGCCAAAUUCAUAACAACCACCGCAGAAUACCCUACCCUGAAGCCUCCGCCGACUCUCCGCCGAAUAACCUAAAGCCUCCGCCGACCCUCCGCCGAAUCCCCUAAAGCCUCCGCCACGUUUAAUUAAGUCAACUUUUGCCAAGAUACCAUGACUUACCAUGGCAUAUAUAUGUAGUAAAAUCAUGGCUUUACUUUAAAAGUCACUUACAUAGUAAUAUGUUACCAAAAUUAUGUAGAACUAUUAUAUAUUACAAGUAUUUAAUAUUUUCUUGCAAAUAUACCAUCAUUUACUAUGAUAUAUAUAAAUAUGUUGAGGUAAAUACGACUUUACUGUGGUAUUUAACACUUAACAUUGCAGUUUACUACGAUAUUAUUAAGAAUAUAUAGCCCGGGCAUACUAUAAGGCAAAUCGGCCCAGUUGGAAUCGGCCCAGUUGGAACCGGCCCAGUUGUCCGAUCGGCCCAGUUGUCCGGACGCGGUAAUAUUGCAUUUUCAGUUGCGAUUUGAAACCCCAUUGUCUGCCAUUAUUCAUAGUCAUGGAAAAGAUGUUGAGCUAGCUGUUCAUGGAUUUCCAUUAGCCAAUUUAACGUUAAAGGUUACGAAAGAGUCGUCAAACAAAACUGAGGUUCACAACUUGAGUGAUCAGUCGUAAGUAAUAUAAGGGUUCAUAAAAGAAGGCAAAAUAUGAUUUUUAGAUUGAGAAGACUAUUUUAGCCUUAAAAGAUGUGCUUUUUAUUUAAAUAAUGUAUUUUAGGCUAAAAAUAUAGUUUUAAACCUAAAACUAUUGCUUUAAGCCUAAAACACUAGAUUUUAUGCCUAAAACAUUUGAUUUUCAGCCUUAUAUCUUUAUUUUCAAAAUUAUUUUUUCAGGACAAUGUUUUUCAAUGGCACGUUUAUCACCAAUUUUGAAUCGGAUCAUUCUUUCGAUUUUCUCAAAUAUUAUCGUAUCUACAUCAAGGAAUGUGCACUAUGUCGUCGCAGCUUAGAUUCAGAGAACGCUGCUUCAAAUUAUCAAUUGGAAAUCUGUUCAAACGUGAAUUGUGCUGUUCUUGAAAGUGAUUUUGGUAAGUAUAAUAUCCUAUUAUUACCUAAAUUUCCAAUUUUUAGGCCGGCAUCGCGGCGCAAUUCCAACCAACCUAAAGCCAGUAAAAUCGACCGGCCAACCCUCAUUACUGCACCGGAUUAUAACUAAUAUCUUCUUCUUACUAGUGGCUACCUUCUUGGGUACUGUAUUUUACUUUGUCUACAAAAAGCGACGAAAACCGAAGAAAAAAGCGACCGAAGAGAAGGCAGUGGUUAACUGGUCGAAGAACAGUCGAAUUCGAAGGCCGAGUAAGACGACGAUGAGUACGGAGGAGACGAGUUUGAGGGAUGAGAGUAUUUGUAAUGCUAGUAUAUCACAUUAUUCCUUACAACACGUUCCGACCAUCAGUAAAGAGCAUCUGAUCAUCGAGAAGAAGAUUGGAGGGGUAAGGGGUUUUUUUGUUAAUUUAGGUAAUAAAAAGGGCAUUUUUGGGAUAAAAUUAUGGUUAUAGGCUUAGACUUAACAUAUGAUCCUUAGGUUCAAAUUUUUAGGCUUAGAGUGACAUUUUUAGCCUUAAAAUGACAUUUUAGGCUUAAACUAAUAUUUUUAGGCUUAAUGUUUUAUUUUUAGGCUCUAGAGGAUAAUUUUAGGCUGAAUGCAGUUUUUAGGCUUAAAGUCAUUUUCAGGUUUAAAAUGAUAUUAUUAGGCUUCAAAACAUUUUUAUUCUUAAAGCGGCCUUGUUAGGCUUAUAUUGAUAUUUUUAGGCUUUUUAUGAAAUUUUAAGGCUUUAAGCGACAGUUUACAUUUUUAGACUUAAAGUGACAUUUUUAGGCUUAAAACGACAUUUUUAGGCUUAGAGCGCUACUUUUAGGCUUAAAAUUACAUUUUCAAGCCUAAAAUGACAUAAAAUGUCAAUUUCGACUAAAAACUGACACCCUUAAAAUAAUUACGACAUUCUCUAUUCUAGGGUGCAUUCGGCGACGUAUUCCAAGGCGAAUGGCUAGUCAAGAAUGUCCCAGUGGCCAUAAAAAUGCUCCACAAUGUUCAAGUAGACGCUCAAAUGGACAAAGAAGCCGGCAUGCUGGCGGAACUCGACCAUCCCAAUGUGGUCAAAAUGUUCGGAGUUUGUCGCAUGAGCGACCGCAAUUUGGCUAUGGUACUGGAAUUAAUGAAUCGAGGGGAUCUCAAGACGUAUGUCAGCGACAGAAGGCCAAAAUGCGACAAUUACUCACAGUUCCCACCGGCUUUAAUCAGGACAGAACUCAUUGACAUCGCUAGACAGGUAAGGGAAUUUAGGAAACUUUGCUUCUAGGGUAGAGCAGGGUAGGUUAGAAAGGAAAGAUUUAAUAUUUUUGAAAAAACUUUGUUUACAAGCCAAAAAAUGAGCGAAAAUUGCAGAAAGUAAGCUGUUUUUACAUAAAAUUGGUCAAAAAUGACAUUCUUUAACAACGCAAAAUUGAAAAAAUGCAAAAACUUUCCUUACAAUACUCUAAAAACCUCAAAAACUUUGUUUCUAUCCAAUGUUCCUCGAACUUUUUAUAAUCAAGCGCACCGUUGCUUAACUUGCCAGAUCGGACGGGACCGUGCUUUCGCACUGUGCAAAAAAGACAAAUGGCGCUGCACGGUGCAGAAAUUCAUUUUUGGCAAUAACUUUGUUUACAAUAACUUGAAAUGGCGUUUUUAAAAAUUUUUGUGUUUUGGAAAGAACUUUCUUUACAAAUUUUCAAAAACUUUAUUUUUUGGCGAAUUUUGGGAAAACCGCAAUAACUUUCUUUACUAGAAAUUAAAAUCAAAAAUUUUGAAAAAAUGACAAAAUUCGGAUAUGGUGGACUAAAACUUUAAAAAAUGUUGAUUUUAGGUGUGUACCGGUCUAGCCUACAUAUCAUCCCAACAAAUUGUACAUAGGGAUUUGGCCGCGAGGAAUUGCCUGGUCUCUGGCGACACUGAUAUACGGGUCUGUAAUGCCGCCUUCCGACCAGCGAUUACCGUCAAAAUCAGCGAUUUUGGAAUGUCUAGAAGGUGGGUCUUGAUUUUUUUUUGAAAUUUCGAAAAAAAUUAAAAAAAAUUUUUUUUUAAAUUUUUUUAAAAUUUUGAAAAAAUGAAAAGAAUGCUUGAUUCAAGGCUUGUUUACCUCUAUUAUUGUCAUUAAUAACCCUAUUUUUAGGUUAUAUUCUCAUGCGGAAUAUUAUCGCUUAUCGGAUAAACAAACAGCGCUCCCAGUCAGAUGGCUGCCUCCAGAAUGCGUAAACUCGGGAAAAUUCACAACAAUGUCGGAUAUUUGGUAGGGACUUUCUUGACAAUAUCAUAAAUGGCAAUAAUUUUUUUUUGAAAAUCAAAAAAAUUCAAAAUUUAUGAGAAAAAGCAAGAAAAAAUGGCAAAAAAUUAGUGUUUUUUUACUUAAAAUGCCCAAAAAUUUUAUGUUUUAUAACCUUAAAGGUAAAAGUUUGCAAAAAUUUUCUUUCCACUACCAUAAAAACCCCAAAAACUUUGUUUCCACUUAGCUCGAACUUUUAAUAAUCAAGCGCACCGUUGCUUAACUUGCCAGAUCGGACAGGACCGCGCUUUCGCACUGUGCAAAGAAGGCAAAUGGCGCUGCACGGUGCAGAAAUUAAACUUUUGGCAAUAACUUUGUUUACAAUGACCUAAAAUGGCGUUUUUCGAGAUUUUUGAGUUUCGGAAAGAACUUUCUUUACAGAAUUUGAAAAAGUGUAUUUUUCUGUGGAAUUUGAAGAAACCGCAAUAACUUUGUUUACAAUGAUAAAAAAUAAUGUUCUUGGAAAUUUUUUAAAUUUUAAAGGAACUUUCUUCCCAAAAUCCCUAAUUUUUUAAUUUUUAAAUUAUGAAUUGCGAUGGUUUUAGGAAAUGCGCAAUAACUUUCUUUACAAAACAAAAAAUGGCAAGAACUUUCUUUACAAACGAAAAAAUGGCAAGAACUUUCUUCACAGGCUAAAAAUGGCAAAAACUUUCUUUACAACCACUAACUUUUUUCAAUUUUCAGGGCAUUUGGAGUGUUAUUGUACGAGAUCUUCAGUUUCGGUGACACGCCCUACGGCGAUUUGUCAAAUAAUGAAGCGUUGGUGGCGGUUUUGGCUGGAAUUAAGCCAGAGAUUCCUAAAUCAGCACCUGAGGCUAUUAAGGAAGUCAUGGCCGAAUGUUAUAAUGACAAGCCGGAGGAACGACCGGUCGCUGAGGAUUUACUCAUUAGGUUUAAGGAAAUGCAUUAG